AUGCAAAAUCAUGCUGGUCCAAAUGACACAAUUAACAUACGUUCUGUUGACGCAGAAAAAUGGUUCGGCACUUUCCCGCGCAACUUAGAGAUAUUGGGCCUUCAGUAUGCUCUGGGCCUUCGGUAUGCUCUGGGCCUCGGUAGGGCAUUCGAUCUGGAAAAUAGCAAAUGCUCGGUAAGAUCUAGGGCACCGGUGUGGUACCGGCCGAAGGCUCUCCGAUGCUUAAGAGUCCCCCAAGUCCUCUUGCGAGAGUUCUCGGAAUGGGGAUUUGAAGUUGUCUUCGGAAGGAAAUGUUGUCCUACCAGGCUGACGUCGGGGAAGUCAGAAGGUCGCGUCGAGUGGACGGGUGAAGGGACAUCUGGGCACUUCGUCUUCCGUGCCUCGCGUGCCGUCAGUCCCCCAUAG